CACUCUGACAGACAGAGACUGGAUGCUCGGCGGCUGAGACCCACUUCAUUUUGUGCAGAACUCACAGGAACAAUGAAGAAUCACUUUGCUUUGCCCUCCUGUUUGCUGCUGCUUUGGACCUUCACAGUGUUUGUCAGCUGUGAAAACACCGACAUAACAGUGAACGAGCUCGCUGAGGGAAUUAAAGUGAUUUGUCCUGAGAAUUACGAACCAAAAGAAACAACAUUGGAAAAAAGAGACAACAACACCAAGGAGUACACAUGCACAAAUUCUGAAAAAAAAGAAGUGAAAAUCUAUGUGAAGUUUCGCAGCUGUGACAACUGUGUAGAGCUUGACAUAAUGUCCAUAGUGGGCAUGGUCAUAGGAAAUGUGGUGGCCACCACUGUGAUUGGAGUGGGUGUCUAUCUCCUCGCCUCUCAGACUCGGACCGGCCCCGUCGUCUCUAACAGAAAGAGUAAAAGCUCCGACAGACAGCAUCUUGUUUCUGAAAGCAGAGGACCGUCCAAUGACCACUACCAGCCUCUGAGGAGAGCUGGCCAGAGAGAUACAUAUGACGAACUCGUCCACAGAAAAUAAACAGAAGGAUGCUCACUGGGUCCAUCGCUGGAAAUUGAAGGUCCAUGAGUCCUCGCAUCUGAAACAUCCGACAGCAGCCCCCGACAGAGGGAAAAACUGUUUCCAGGGUUUACGUUUAGCUUGGUUUAUGCCCAUUUCUAAUGUAAAGUCUAAUGUAAAGUCUCUUCCAGCUUUACUUUCAUCAUGCUUGUAAGAUAAUGCUUUUAAGACGCCAGAAAAUCGAGGCAGAAUAUUAACUGUAGUACUAUUUUUGUUUAAUAAUGAAAAACUAAGAUUAUCUUGGUACACAAAUGAAAAACUCAAGGACUAAAAUUGACUGCGUUGUCUUGCUAUCGCUAGUGGUGAAUACUUCUCUAAUACUUUUCUUUGGUACAAUUUUAAGGUAACUGCUAUAUUAUACUUCAGUCCUAAUGUAUAAAUAAGCUUUAUACUGUGCUUUUUAAUACCCUAUAUUGUAAUGGUGUCACCAUAACCAUGUACUGAUGAUAACUGUGACAUUUAAAAAAUAAAUAUUAACAUUGUGUAAGUAAUGCACAUAUGAUAAUAUAAAUGUAGUUUGAUUUUUAACUCAUUUGCAAAUAAAGAUCUCACACAUUCGAAAAUGUUAUAGAUAAAUUUGACUAUUGUUAUUACUUUUAUUAUUCCCGUGUUUUGAUACAUAUCCUUAUUAAUUCCUUCAAACUGUUAUUUUGAAAUGAAAAUCUGAAAAUGCCCCAGCAU